AUGAGCGUCUCCGAGGAAAACCUCCUGCUCGCUCUCCGUGGCGGCGCGACGAUGAAGCAGAGACCCCUGACUGAGACAGAGCUGUCACUCCAGCAUCUCUGGGCCGAGGCUCUUGGGAUCCCCAAGGGUCGCAUCUUGGCCCAAGGCAACUUUUCCCGCCUGGGCGGUGACUCGAUCAACGCCAUCAAGCUUGUCGGGGCUUGCCGAGCAGCCUGUUCCGCCCUCGAGGUCUUUCAAAUCUUCCAGAACCCGACGGUCAACAAUAUGGCUAAUGCUUUCCUGAGAGACGGCCAGUCCGAGACGCCGCUGCAGGAGGGCAUGAUGGCUGUGUCCGCAAGGCAACAUGGCGCCAGCUUCCUCCUGAUGGUCUUUAGGGUGCCAGUCUUAGUUAAUGCCCAGCGCCUCAAAGGGCCUGGGACUCAAUUUCGCUGCUACCGAAAUUUUAAGGACUUGACUGAUCCUCUCGGGUUCGAAAAAAUUCCAAAUCGUCUCCGACUGCCCAGGAACCAGGACCAUCGACGACAAUCUCUCGAGGCACCUCGCCGUUGA